UACUAAAAGCUUGCUAUAAUACAAACAUCAAUAUGGCACAAAAAACUAGUGCUAUUAAAUUAGUCAAACUUCGAGAAUUAAUGGAAGCUGUCCAAAUAGGUGGUCUUAAAGGAAAAGGUAUUCAGGCUUUGGUUGUAAGUUCAGAUGACGCUCAUCAAUCAGAAUAUUUAAGAGAUCAUGAUAAAAGGAUUCGUUUCAUAAGUGGUUUCACUGGUUCUUUUGGUACUGCAAUUAUUACACCGAAUAAAGCUAUGCUAUGGACUGAUGGAAGAUACUAUGUGCAAGCUAUAGCAGAAUUUGAUCCACCAGAGGCAUGGACUUUAAUGAAAGAAGGUUUAUUAGAUACUCCAACCAGAGCUGCAUGGUUGAUUUCUAAUUUACCUCCUAAGUCUACCGUUGGAGCAGAUGCUAAUUUAAUAAGUUACACAGAAUGGGCAGUUUUACAUACCAGUCUAACUGCUGCUGGUCAUUGUUUGAUGCCUCUUGAAGAGAAUCUAAUUGAUAAGGUUUGGGGUAAUGAACAGCCUGCUCCUACAGCUAACAUUGUUUUACCUCAACCAUUACAAUUUUCUGGAUGUAAUGCAGGGAAAAAAGUGAAACUGUGUAGAGAAGUAAUGAAUAAAAAUAAUGUCAAAGCACUUGUAAUCUCAGCUUUGGACGAAGUAGCAUACAUUCUGAAUUUAAGAGGAUCUGAUAUACCUUAUAAUCCCGUUUUCUUUGCAUAUGUUAUUCUUACAUUAGAUGAACUACAUUUAUUCAUUGAUAAGACUAGACUUGUUGAGGAAGCUCAGCAACAAUUAAUUAGUGAAGAAGUAAAUGUAGUUUAUCACUCAUAUGGAGAUGUACAUGAUUUUUUGAAAAAAAUCGCAAAUUCAUGUACAAAUGAUGACAAAAUAUGGGUAAGUAAUGGUUCUAGUUAUGCUUUACACACUGACUGCGGAGAAGCCAAAAAACACACAAAAAUUACCUCAAUAAGUGUUAUGAAAGCAGUAAAAAAUAACAUUGAAAUAAAAGGAAUGAAAGCGGCACACGUACGUGAUUCAGUGGCACUUGUAAAAUAUUUUGCUUGGUUGGAAGAUCAAGUUAAGAAUGAAAAAAAUACCAUUACAGAAAUAUCUGGAGCGGCUCAACUUGAAAAAUUUAGACAGCAGCAGGAACAUUUCAUUGGACUUAGCUUUCCUACAAUAUCUUCAGUUGGGCCACAUGGAGCAAUAAUACAUUAUCUACCAACAUCGAAAACAGACGUGCCAAUUACAGAUAAAGAAAUUUAUCUUUGUGAUUCUGGUGCACAAUAUCGAGAUGGUACUACAGACGUUACAAGGACAUUACAUUUUGGUAAUCCAUCAAGUUUCGAGCGCGAAUGUUUUACAAGAGUAUUUAAAGGACAGUGUCGUCUUUCAUCGACUAUUUUCCCUUUAAUGAUACAGGGAAAUUAUCUCGAUACACUUGCCCGUGAAAAUUUAUGGAGUGUUGGUCUUAAUUAUCUUCACGGUACCGGACAUGGAAUAGGUUCGUAUCUAAACGUUCAUGAAGGACCAAUAGGUAUUUCUUGGAAACCAUAUCCUGAUGAUCCAGGCUUACAACCUGGCAUGUUUCUAUCAAAUGAACCAGGAUACUAUGAAGACGAGAAAUUUGGCAUUAGGUUAGAAAAUAUAGAAUUGAUAGUAAAGGCAAACACAUCAUACAAUCACAAAAAUCGUGGCUUUCUUACAUUUGAAACUGUUACACUGGUGCCUAUACAGACUAAGCUACUUGACGUUUCCUUAUUAACAGAUAAUGAGAUUCAAUAUUUAAAUAAUUAUCAUACAAAAUGUUUGAAUACUUUAAAACCACUAUUGCAAGGGCCAGAAAAUGCUCAAGCACUUGAGUGGCUAGAGAGAGAAACUCAACCUCUCACGAAA